AUGACCGAGCCAUCCUUGUCACCUCCAGAUUCUCCAGUUCAAGUACUUCCACGAGAGCUAACAGAAUUCCAGCAAAUAUACGGGGAGUUUCUCAAUGAUCAAGAACUUCUCGAGCUUUAUGAAACUACACGUGAGCAACGUGAGGGAUAUGCCAUCGAGGAAAAACCUGCUCGUGAGGCUCCACCAUCAUCUGAUGCUCUUCCGCCAGGAUUAAUACUUUCACCGGAACAACGUGAUUUCUAUAGCCGUUAUCGAGGACCUAUCACUGCGCAAGAUGUUCGCAAUUUACAGCACGAAACCGCCAUGAUUCGUGCGAUGAUUAAACAGCAGGAAGCAUCCGGUCAUGAUUCUCCACCACUAGGAUCUCCAUCACGUGCAUCCCCACAACAACUUGGAUCCCUUCAACAUGGUUUUCCACAACAAGGAUCCCCACAACAUGGCUCUCCACAACAAGCUUCGCCACAAGGAUCUCCUCAACAAGCUUCUUCUCAACAAGGAUCCCCACAACAUGGUUCUCCACAACAAGCUUCGCCACAAGGAUCUCCACAACAAGCUUCUUCUCAACAUGGUUCUCCACAAGGAUCUCCUCAACAACAUGGUUUUCUUCAACAAGGUUCUUCUCAACAUGGUUCUCCACAAGGAUCUCCUCAACAACCUGGUUUUCUUCAACAAGGUUCUUCUCAACAUGGUUCUCCACAAGAAGCUUCACCACAAGGAUCCCCACAACAAGGAUCCCCGCAACAAGGAACUCCUCAACAUGGUUCUCCACAAGAAGCUUCACCACAAGGAUCUCCUCAACAAGGACCUUCUCAACAUGCUUCUUAUCAACAAGCUGCUUCAUCACAAGGAUCUCCUCAAGGUGAAUCUCCACAACAAGCUGCUUCACCACAAGGAUCUACACCACCACAAGCUCCUCCUUCACCAGGAUCACUCCAUGAAAAUUUGGGAGCCAUCACGAUUCGAGAAGCUGUUGGGUUACCAGCUGAAACGCUACUUGAUACAUUUCGUAUUGCAAUGCGACGUGCUUCGAGUUCAAGUGGUGAUGAAUCAUCUGAUGAUUCUGAUGCAUCAUCCGAAAAUUCGGUGGAUCAAGCACACGACCUACUCUGGGAUCUGAUUUGGCGCCUUUGUUCAUAUGCUCUCUUUAUGCUUAUUUUUGGAACCAAGGAGAUCGUAUACAGCUUUUGCGCUUAUGUUGACAUGCUUUGCCUCAGCCCUAUUGCCAAUUUUUUCUUGUACCUUCUCAAGCAGCGUGGUUUCUAUCAAGAUCGCAACUAUAUCAAUUCACGACGAUUGUUCUUGGUUCAUGGUGUCCAAACAAGCAGCAGGAGAAUGUUCAUGCGUGUAGCUGCAUUAUGGGUCGGAUUUGCAUUCUUGCUAGUAUACAUGGCUGCCCCUGAUAAGAAACCAUUGAAACCUGGACGCCCAGCAGAAGUUGAUUUGAUGUCGAUUUACGGAGCCACCACAUCCACGAUGCAAGCAUCCACAAGCUCUGAAAGGUUUGAGAGCGAUGUAUGGAAACGAGCCUUGGAAACGACCUAUGUUGACGAGAGCGAGGAUAUCGAUUGGAAAACAAGGCUACGAUCAUGGUUGCCAAUCAGCGACUUGAGCCCUCGAGGAAUCGUUUGUUCGGUGUGUAACCGAUUUUGUGGUCAAUCCAAAGCCAUGUUGCCUGAUCAUGCAUUGAAAUUCAGUGGAUCUCAAGUGCUUUACGAACUCACCUCACCAACGUUUGGAGGAGGUAAUAAGAACGCUACUCCACCCAUAUUCAUGCAACGUGUCACCAUCUCUGGUAUGCCCUCUCCUGUCGCUGCAAUAACUGAUUACCAGCAUCCUGGGACAUGUUGGCCUAUGGCUGGCAAACAAGGAUCACUUGGUGUGCGAUUGCGUCGACCCGUAUCAGUGAAAGCCGUCUCGAUUGACUAUAUGGAUUAUCCUCAUGUCAUCACAUCCAAAAGUGCACCAGCAGACUUUGAAGUAUGGGGCUUGACUCACAAGGGUAAUCGAUUCUGGAAGUAUCCAUGGGACUCAUUGGCAUCCUUGAAGGAGGAUGAUGGCAAGGUGUAUCUUGGUAAAUUCAAGUACGACAUCAACAAGGCGAGUCGUGUGCAGACUUUCAACAUCCAAGCAAAGUCACCACCAAUCAAGGAUAUCGUAUUUCGCUUUCUCGAUAAUUGGGGCCAUGAAGAUUAUACUUGCAUCUAUCGCGUUCGUGUUCAUGGCGUUGUAGUUUAG